AUGAGUCACGACGGAAGAAAAUACCUCGAUUUUGUCGCCUAAAUGCCAAACAGAAAGCCCUAUAUAUUAUCACGUAAAUUGAAUUGUUUUAGAAUCACGAUCGCCCGCCCAAAUCUAACAUGUCCGGCGAAGAAUCGUACACUGCUCCGGCCGCCGGGGAAUAUCCACGGCAGAAUGCUCCUCCGCCGCCGCUUUCAAAGGGCGGUUACGAUGUGAAUAUUGCGGUUUAUCAUUCACUUGUCAAGUUCGAUGAAGCUCGUAAGAUCUCCAGCAGGCCAGAUCUCGACACGGCCACUUUCGUCUUAUCGCAGUUUCCGAAGGCCGAAUCGCGAGUUGCUCUCAUUGACUCGGUCACGAGCUCGCGAGUUACUUAUGGACAACUCAGUGCCUCGAUUCGCUCCCUCGCUUGCGGACUUCACCACGCGCUCGGAGUCAGAAAAGGCGAUGUCGUGUUCGUUUUAUCGGCGAAUUCGAUUCUGUAUCCAGUUAUCUGUUUGGCUGUGUUGUCGGUUGGUGCAGUGAUAACAACGGCCAAUCCAGUGAAUACUGCGUCGGAAAUCGCGAAGCAAGUGCGUGAUUCAGGAGCGAAACUCGCCGUAUCGGCGCCGGAGGAGAUUCACAAACUUAAUCCGACUGGAAUUCCGACGAUUCUGACUACUCGGCCUUCCUCUGGCGAUGAUGUUUUAUCGGUGGAAGAGUUGAUCGAAUCCUGCGCCGACUCGUCUGAGUCAUUGCCGAACACGGAAGUGACUCAGUCCGAUACGGCGGCGAUCUUGUACUCGUCGGGAACGACCGGGACGAGUAAAGGAGUAGUUCUAACGCAUUCAAAUCUCAUCUCCGUUAUCGAACUUCUAACCUUGUAUGUGGACGCGAGUUCCUCUGAAAACGACGUGUUUUUGUGCUUCAUUCCGAUGUUUCACAUCUACGGCCUCGUCUUCUUCGGCCUCGGACUCUUCUGCAGAGGAAUCACCAUCAUUUUGAUGCAGAGAUUCAAUUUCCAAGCCAUGAUCGACGCAAUUGAAAAAUACAAAGUUAACAACAUACCAGCGGUACCUCCGGUGAUUCUAGGGCUAGUGAAAUCGGGCGGUGGUUCGGACUUAUCAUCGCUGAGACGCAUCGGAUCCGGCGCUGCACCGCUGGGAAAAGACAUAGAAGACGCAUUCCGAGAGAAAUUUCCAUGGGUGGAGCUUCGGCCUGGAUAUGGCUUAACAGAGAGUACUGGAGCAGCGACUUGCAUUAUUACAGACACAGACGCCAAAACUCAUCCAGGUUCGUGCGGAAUGUUGAUGCCGAGAUUUUCUGCGAAGAUCGUAGACAUUGAAACAGGGGAGGGACUGCCGCCGAUGAAGGAAGGCGAAUUGUGGCUGAAGAGUCCAACAAUAAUGAAAGGAUAUCUCGGAAAUCAGGAAGCAACAGAAGCCACCAUGGAUGAAGAAGGAUGGUUGAAAACAGGGGAUCUCGGGUACAUAGACGAAGAUGGCUUCCUUUACAUCGUUGAUCGAAUCAAGGAGCUGAUCAAGCACAAUGGAUACCAGGUUGCUCCAGCAGAACUGGAAACGAUUCUUGUGUGCCAUACAGAAAUUCUGGAUGCUGCCGUUAUACCAAUGGAGGAUGAAGCCGCCGGGCAGAUUCCGGUGGCUUGUGUGGUUAAAGCAUCCACUAGUCAGCUUACAGAAGACCAAGUCAUCCAAUUUGUCGCUUCCCAGGUGGCACCUUACAAGAAGGUAAGAGGAGUGAAAUUUAUCAAUGCCAUUCCAAGGUCCCUUGCAGGCAAAAUUUUGAGGAAGGAUCUUGUCUCACAAUUCAAACAGCAACAGCUUUUCUCAAAACUCUAGAGUGCUCUAAAAUAAACGAGGUUAAAUUACAAGUUUAGUCCAUAGACUUCAAAGAUUAUGUCUAAUAUAUCUCUAAAUUUU